AGAGCGUCGGCAGAGAUACCGCCUUUUGAGCCGAGCUCAGUCGCCUCCGCCGCUUCAGUCGAGCCCCGAACGCGAAGUGAAGCGCAUUGAACCCACAACAAGCGAGAUAAUCGGAGACCGAAGCAAAUUUACCAGCAACAUCCUAUCAGCCAUGGCGAGUCUGCGGCUUAUCAUCGGCCUCUUUCUGGGCCUGGCGAUCACCCUGGAGUCCGCCCUUGGGGCCCCCGUGAUCACUCAGAUCAGCAAGGAUGUGGUGGCCAGGGUGGGCGACACCGUCGAGUUCAACUGCACCGUGGAAGAGGUGGGCCAGCUCUCGGUGAGCUGGGCCAAGCGCCCCAGCGAGACGGACACCAACUCGGUGGCGCUCUCCAUGCGCAGCAUCCUCAGCCUGCCCGACCAGCGGUACAAUGUCUCGGUCACCGAGGGGCCCAAGUCUGGAUCCGCCACCUACACCUUCCGCAUCCAGAACAUCGAGGUCAACGACAUGGGUCCGUACGAGUGCCAGGUGCUGGUGUCCGCAACCGAGAAGGUGACCAAGAAGCUGAGCCUGCAGAUCAAGAUGCCGCCGGUGAUCGCGGAGAGCACGCCGAAGAGCACAUUGGUGACGGAGGGCCAGAACCUGGAGCUGUCCUGCCACGCCAACGGCUUCCCCCGGCCCACGAUCUCCUGGGCCCGCGAGCACAACGCCGUGAUGCCGGCCGGCGGACUCCUACUCUCGGAGCCCAUCCUGCGGAUCCGCUCGGUGCACCGGCUGGAUCGCGGCGGCUACUACUGCAUCGCCGAGAACGGAGAGGGCGAGCCGGACAGGCGGCUGAUCCGCGUGGAGGUGGAGUUCCUGCCCCAGAUCGCCGUGCAGAGGCCCAAGGUGGCCCAGAUGGUGUCCCACAGCGCGGAGCUGGAGUGCGCCGUGCAGGGCUACCCCGCACCCACGGUGGUGUGGCACCGGAACGGGGUUCAGCUGCAGUCCGGCGGGGAGCACGAGGUGGCCAACACCGCCUCCUCCUCGGAGACCACCACCUCGGUCCUGCGCAUCGAGAGCGUUUCGGAGGAGGACUUCGGGGACUACUACUGCAACGCCACCAACAAGCUGGGCCACGCCGACGCCCGGGUGCACCUCUUCCAGACCCUCAUCCCAGUGCCCUCCCUCUCGUAAUCCCCCGGCUUCCUUUCCCACGCAACCAGACUGGAUCCCCCACUGCAGCUCCUCGUCUCGCUUUUUCGGCAAUUCGCCAGUCCGGAUGCGGCCUGUGUCCAUAUUAUUAAUGAUUCAUUCAAUUAGCCCCCAUUCAGACUACAUUAUUUUCGGACUCACUCGAGAUCGAGCGACGUUUUGUGCCUUAUGAAUUUUGCUCUGCAUCUGUCGGUUUAUGUAAAACACAUCUUUAUGUUUAAGUAAAUAACGUUCACUGAUAAAGUUUAA